AUGAAUUCGUUGGCUGCUAAUUUUUUUCAAAACUAUCUUGCACAGCAUCAGCAGCCAAAUCACAGUGGCAACCUAUUGGGUUCAGGACCGAUGGAUUGGCUAGUGAAUGCAGCAACCUUUGCUGGUACUGAUGCUCUUUUAAACAAAGUAGAAGGGGAAGAAGGAAAGCAUCCUCAUCUGUGGAGAAAUGCAGGCCUUGCAGGGGCUUUGGCACUAGCUUAUCAAUGGUAUAGGAAUCACCACCAGCAACAACAAUACGACCCUGAUCAACAGCAGUUAAUGUACUAUACACAACCACAACCAGAAUCAUACUAUUACUACUACCCUCAGCCUUAUUAUCCACAGCAUCAACAACAACAAUACAUCAUGCCUCCUUCUUUACCACCAAUUCUGCCUUUAUCAUCUCUUCCUCCUCAAUUACAGCCACCGCCUGCUCAGUCAUAUGGAAUGUAUAAUAACAAUAAUCCUUAUAUGAUGCAGCAACCCUAUCCCUCACACAUGAUGAUGCCCAACAUGGCGCCUCUGCCUCCCAUGACGCCUUACUUUGGUACACAGCAGCCAAUGGCAAUGAUGAUGCCAUAUCAACAUAGAUAUCCAUUUACAAUUUAG